GAAUACUACAGAGAUUCUGAAACCUGAUUAAAAAAAGUAAUAAAGAAAUAAUAAAGAAGCAAAUACACAAAUAGGGGGGGAAAUAUACAUCAAGGAGGAUAUAAACCCAUCUCGCCCGAGAGGUCGGAUAUCUCACCGGCCAUAGUUCGGGAUUCAAGCAAACACCGAGUCAUCCCGAACUGAAGAUAAAUACACAGAGAAUACACAAUUUGCGAGAAAUCCCAUUCGCAUAUUCUACUCACUGCUAAAAUCCUUUACAGCCAGAAACACACCCGUUGCUUAAAGUUCACCAUAUCUUUGACGCCAAGCGUGUCGGAUGGUUAUCAUCGGAACUCUUUUAGCGCCGACAUUGGUCUUUCAAGAACGUGCCAGUUAGGGUAGCCAGACGUUCGAAUGCAGUGAUUUCGCACUUGAUAUUAACAUAUUAAUUGGUAUCAGUCACUAUUGCCAUACUAGCAUUUCCUUCUAUCUGGAACCCUAAACUUAGAAUUGGCUUCAGUGUGACCGGGGGUCCUACUAAAUGAUAACAAAGCUUCGGUCCAUGGCACCAAUCAAGAUCCUGCCCACUUGAUGCGGGGUAUUUAUUGAAAUAAAUACUGAUAAAGAACAUCGUAACCCCUUUCAACACAAAUCCACUUUCCUGCUCUGAAGGCCACGCUCGAACAUUCCCACCCCCUCAAUCGAACCAUGACAUCUCACACGGCGAAUCCACCCACCGAGAGCCGCCUCUCAACACGCAUCUCCCUCCGAUGGCUCCCAGAACCCGCUUCGGAAACGACGGACACCAUCGUCAUGUCCGUGAAGGGUUGGUAUGUCGACCUUCGCGUAGAUAAGAAAUCCGGUGACAUUGACUGGGCGAUUGCCGGUCAGCGGGUUGUAGAUAGUAGCGACCCUCGCCGCGUGCAGUUUACCCAUGAGAUUGACUCCCAUAACGCUUUUGAUGACGUUGACUGUGGUACCUUUACUACGUUGCCGAAUGGCGAUGACCUCGAGACUGGAUCUAUGUCUCGUCCGGAUCUGCCUGGGGCUCCGGUGACAGAAUAUGAGGAGGUCUGGCGGGAAUUGAGCUUUAGGGAGGGUCCCGAGGGGCCGGGGAAGGGGGUUUCAUGGGUUUUGGAAUCAAAACAUAAUCUCGACAUUGGGGAAGGCGAGGAGGCGCAGGUUGCGAGGACAUUUUUGGCGAAGAUUUGGGGUACGUAUUUGGUGGUGCGCCAACGGCAGGUCUACGUGCGGUUGAUAGGUUCAAUGGAUGUAGUGGUGAAGACCGGGCAGGGGGUUAGCGCUAGGAGAGAAGAAUGGGAUUCGAGUGCUGCGGGCUGGUCGGCGAAGUACGUUCUGGGUCUGCAAGGCGACAGUUUGCCCAGUGCUCAAGACGUCGAGGUCAACGAACGGCUACGAACACCGGGUGGAAUAAUUGAAGUCAAAGGGGAACCAUAUACAAUCCGGUCCUAUGAAGAAAUUGCAUAGUGCGCUGCGCUGUAUUACUCUAUAUGCUA